GAUACGAUACUGGACCCCAUCCACCAGUCUCUCUCACAUUUCGAGUGAAACCAGUCUGGAUGAAAUGACUGUGGUUACUAGCUGUGCAUAUAGGAAAUAUGUAGACAAGACAUUGCGGAGAAUGGGAAUGAACAAAAUGCUUAUACGAUUCCGUAAGCUCUUAGAUAGGACUUUACAGAGGGCUAAGGAGGCAUUAGAGAAACCAAAAGGACUAAAUGUAUCAGACAUCAACAGUAAAUCACCAGUUGAAGAGAAAUCCCACCUGUCCUCCUCACCAGGGCUUGACCUGUUGCCAUCAGAGCUGACAUCCCCGACAACAGUAACGUACCACAGGAGUACAAGCCAGACUGACCAGGAGCCCUUGGUGGCUCACUUUAUAGAGAUGGGCCUGCCUUCAUUCCGACCUAGCUACCUCUUUCUCCUCAAUGUGUUCCUGGAAGUUAUCCAUGAAGCCCUGAGGCUGAGGCUGGAACAGAGACCCAAAGGGGAACCGUCAUUCCUCAGUAUUCGCCCUCUGCUUCGUGAGUGUAAGGAUGUGUUGCGGGGUGCGGUCAUAGUAAAGCAGUACUACCAACAAAUGGUGGCCUCAGUGAGAUCUGAUGAGGAGUUUGCAGAGGAAGAGGAAAACUUUCCUGACCUGGAACAAUUUGAUGACGACAUGAGGAAGAUGCUGGAAAUCUACUUCACAUACAUCCAGAACUGGUUGAUAACCCUGCAAAACUUGCCUGAGGCUUCCAGAAGUCUCAAAAAUGUUCUGGAACAGGAGUGGAGUUUCACAAAACAGAUCUGUCCCCAUGUCAGAGGAGGAGAGGCUGAGGCUGGCAAACGAUUCAGCUCAUUGGCAAGCAGUCUACUGUAUUCUAUUGCCGAUUUCCUGGACUCUGGCAUUGACGAUUUCAGUACAUCAUUGUACGAUUGGACAGUUCUAGAUGAUGAUGAUGAUGAUGAUGAUGACGAUGAUGAAGACGGAGACAAUGAAUAUGAUGGUGCUACAGGAAGUGACAAUGAGAGGAAUGAGGAAGACAAAGAAAGGGAGGAAAAAGAAAAGUCGCACAUAUUAGAGCUCAGGCAUUCAUUCCAGAAAACAUCCAGAAAAUGCAAAAGUUUGUUCAAUGAAGCAAGAGAGAGAGCAUCAAAAGCACUAGGGUUUGCCAAAACAUUACGUAAGGACCUAGAAAUUGCUGCAGAUUUUAAUAUAGCAGAGACCACGGUAGAACUGCUGGAAAAGUUACAGGAAACUGACCAUGUCAUG